AUGGAUAUGGAACCUCUUCUAUGCGGAGGGACGGUGGGGGCCAUCUUCACCUGCCCUUUGGAAGUGAUCAAGACAAGAUUGCAGUCCUCAAGGUUGGCCUUCCGGGCUGUCUAUUAUCCGCAGGUUCAUCUGGGCACACUCAGCGGCGAAGGCGUGGUCCGGCCUACCUCUCUGCCUCCAGGUGUCGUCCAGGUGCUGAAGUCCAUUUUGGAAAAGGAGGGCCCAAAGUCACUUUUCCGUGGGCUGGGUCCCAAUCUGGUCGGAGUCGCGCCAUCCAGGGCUGUCUAUUUUGCGUGUUAUUCCCGAGCGAAGGAGCAAUUCAACCACGUCUUCGUACCCAACAGCAAUAUGGUCCAUAUCUCUUCGGCGGCUUCCGCAGCUUUUGUGACUAACUCCUUGAUGAAUCCCAUCUGGAUGGUGAAAACCAGAAUGCAGCUAGAAAGAAGAGUCUGCGGCUCGAAGCAAAUGAACACCCUCCAGUGCGCCAGAUACGUUUACCGCUCCGAAGGCAUCCGGGGUUUUUACCGAGGCCUCACCGCCUCCUACGCGGGCAUCUCCGAGACCAUCAUCUGUUUCGCUAUUUACGAGAGACUGAAGCAACUUUUAAAAGAUCCCAUCCGGUCUCCUUUCACCGGAAACCCGGAGAAGAAUUCCACCAAUUUCAUCGGAAUCACAGUUGCCGCCGCCAUUUCAAAAGGAUGUGCGUCUUGCAUCGCUUACCCACACG